UCACUGCAAUGUCGGGUUGUUUUGAACAAGUCAGUGCUUAGGGGAAUAGAAGUGUUCUUCCUGACCUUGUGUCUACUGACAUUUGCUUUGUUUUGCCAAAACCAAAAAGACACCAACACGGCGCUAAUAAACCUGUGUUUAAACCUCUUGCUGUUUCACCUCACAGAAUUGCUAAAACCACUUUAUCAGAUCCAUCUACAACCACCGGUGUGUGGUAUCCCACAAUUAUACACCUUAUCAAGACUGAAUUAAUGCAUGGAUUUUCCUCACCAUUUUUUUCUCCAUAUUCAGCAAGCCUGUGCAGUAAUGGCAGGCAUACGAUGGUUCUUCUUUAUUUCUGGAUUUGUGUGGAUGUUCAUUGAGACUGUGCUGAUCUUCCUACUUGUGAAGAACCUCUCAAAGAUCCGAUCAAACCAGAGGGAGAGGCUUAGCAUGAAAUGGUUAUAUAUGAUUGGGUACCUUGUUCCCGUGGCUGUGGUGAUUGUGUGUACACUAGUUAGUUCGCAGAAUUCUGUUAAUGAACAGUGCUGGGAAAAUCACGAUUCUUUAAAAUCAGUGAGAUUUGACAUACCUAUCCUUUUUAUUGUCACAUCAAACAUGAUUCUCUACAUCGUCAUUAUCAUCAUGAUGAUUUUCACCCUGAAACGCCUGAAAAAUGAAAACUUGCAGAGGAGUAACACUGAUGAUAAAGAUCUCAUAAUACGUGUUAUGAUUAAAAGCCUGGCACAGUUUGUUAUCCUUGGCUGUUACUGGAUAUUCGUGUAUAUACCCAGCAAUGAUGGAGUUUUAAUCAACAUCUUCCUGUUUCUCAACUACCAGCAGGGCAUCUUCAUCUUCCUUGUUCACUGUCUCCUUAACCAUGAGGUCAGGCAGCAGUACAGGAAGUUUGUGUGUGUUUGUUUCUGCUUUAAAAAGCUUGACACAACCACAGAAGUUGAAGAGACACAUCAGUGAAGCUACAAUACCAGCAUUUUAGAAGUGAAUAAAACACACACACCUUCAUUAAAACAUUUUGAAAUAACAAAGCAGGACUUCAGGUCUCUUAAACAACCAUAAUUUGCCAACAUUUUUUAAUCAUUAAAGAAAUUGGGGAAAAUAUUGACGCCUUGCUUCAAUUCUAUGUUAUUAUUGAUCAGAGCUUAUUGAGAUUCUGAGGCAGAAGCUGAAGAGAGCGGUGCAUAAAUGAGAACAUAUGGUAACUUUAUUACUACCAGAUCAACAUAAUGUCAAGUCAAGUGUGUUUGUGAGUCAUUGUUGUUCAUAUAUGUUUAUGUUGUUGUCAUGUGCGAGCCAUAAGAUGUUGCUAUGCCCGGAUGUUAUGUUUUGUUUAUUACAUAAGGUUUCUAUGUCAUAGUCAUGUUUAGGUUUUCUGUUAAAUGCAAGUUUUGUUUUGUUUGAUGUUUGAGGUUCUACUUUGCCGUGAUAACAUUAACUUAGCAGUCUUUUUUAAAUACAAAUAAAUACACAAACCCUUCACUAAAGCUAAAUGUAGUAAUUAAUGUAAUGUAUUACAUGUAAUUCAUGUGAUAUUUAAUCUUGAAACAAGGUGAAUUCUUAUUCCUGACAGGAGCAAAUUACGUGUAAACCUACACUACAUAAAGUAGCUCAGUUCACAUGGCAUACAGUAUGAGAUGAUGGAGCUGUUACUCCCACUCCUGCUUUUCUUUUUCCUUAUUUUUUUUAUUGUUAUGUUAUUUUAUUCUUCC